UGAAGCGGCCCCGGGAGCCGAGCGGCUCCGACAGCGAGUCCGACGGACCCAUCGACGUGGGCCACGAGGGCGAGCUGAGAUGGCCCGGCCGCUGUCCACCCCCAGCCCUUCACAAAUGCAAGCCAGGAAGAAACGCAGAGGGAUCAUAGAGAAACGGCGCCGGGACCGCAUCAACAGCAGCCUUUCUGAACUGCGGCGCUUGGUCCCCACUGCCUUUGAGAAGCAGGGCUCCUCCAAGCUGGAGAAAGCCGAGGUCCUGCAGAUGACGGUAGAUCACUUGAAAAUGCUCCACGCCACUGGCGGGACAGGAUUCUUUGAUGCUCGAGCCCUGGCGGUCGACUUCCGCAGCAUCGGUUUUCGGGAGUGCCUUACCGAGGUCAUCAGGUACCUGGGGGUCCUGGAAGGGCCCAGCAGCCGUGCAGACCCGGUGCGGAUUCGCCUUCUCUCCCACCUCAACAGCUAUGCAGCCGAGAUGGAACCUUCACCCACAGCCGCUGGGCCCCUGGCCUUUCCUGCCUGGCCCUGGUCUCUCUCCCAUAGCUGUCCAGGGCUAUCUGCCCCGAGCAGCCAGCUCACCAUCCUAGGAAGAGUGCCCGGCCCCAUCCUCCCCAGCACCUCCUCUCUGGCUUACCCCAUCCCGGCCUUCAGAACCACUCCCUUGCGCAGAGCCACUGGCACCGUCCUGCCAGCCCGGAGGAAUUUGCUGCCCAGUCGAGGGGCAUCUUCUACCCGGAGGGCCCGCCCCCCCGAGAGGCCAGCCGCGCCCCUGCCCCCCAGGGGCAGGGCUGCCAGGGGCAGCCACGUGGCGCCGCCCCUGCGAUCCUCUUCCCCCGCCCCUCCUGGCGUUGUGGGGUCUCCUGCUUAUGUGGCUGUUCCUGGGUCUUCCCAGGGGGCAGCUGGGAGGCCAGCAGGAGCUGUGCUCUGCCACUCCUGGGUCUCUGAAAUUACUGAAGUCGGGGCUUUCUGAGCUGGCUUUGCCCCCAGGAAUGAGGAGAGUUCUUGUUCCAGGAGCUCUAAAAAUGGCUUUGCCUUUUCUGCUCUGCUUUCUGGACUGGUUCAUAUAUGAAGGUGUCUUCUUUACCCAGCAGAGGCCCCCUUCUCCUUUGGCCCCUCUCCCCUCCUCACUGCUUGUCCCAGCUCCUCCUGGGGCUGUUCUGAUCUCAGAAGCUUGGUCUCAUUUUUUCCCUGGAGAGAUGAGUCCCAGGAGAGCCCCCCAAGAGCUGUACCCAGACCCCUCUCCUGCCCCAGGACACAUGGGCAGUAGGCAUUAAUCUCAGGUUGGGGAACAACGCUUUAACCUAAAAGGCACAAUGACCUAAGGCACGCUGCUCCCCUAGAGAUCAGACCCCAGCCAAGAGCAGUGACUGCCUGGCUGCAGCCUUCCCAGGCCCCCAGGGGUCAGAACAUAGCGUCUGUCUCACUUCCUGAGACAGUAACCACACAGGGGCCACAAAGAGGUCUCCUGGGAACCCUGUCUGCCCCAGCCCACCUGUCUCCCGCCCACUGCAGUGAACCCAGAA